CCUAAAAAUAGUGUCUAUUAGGAAACCGCAUAUUAAUUUUUGUUUAUUAUUAAUUAGUAUCACUCAAUACCUUCUUCAGUGUCGUUAAUUCUAAACUAGUAUGUCAAAAACUUUAGAUAGUGAUAAGAAUCAUAUAAAAAGACUAAACUCACAAUGAGAGAAUGUCGCAUGGAAUUUUACAAGUAAUACUUAUAUUAUUAACGUGUCUAGUUGUUGACUGUAGCGAAGAAUGUAGUUGCAUACCUUUGACACAAUGUCCAACUUUUCUUCGGUAUUAUCUAAGUCUAAAGAAACCUUUAUCAGAAUCCUCUAUCAUAUUUUUAAGAAGCAAACAGUGUGGAAUCCAGGAUAAAUCUAUAAAAGUAUGUUGCGAGGACAAUUUUACUACUACAACUAUCACAUCUACAACCCAGAUGUUACCAAAGAAUAAAUGCGAAGAUUCACAAUGCAUCUCGUUAAAAUAUUGUACACCCGUUUUGCAAUUUCUCAAUACGGUACAAAAACCUCUAGAUGCGUGCAUAGUAAAUUAUCUGAGGAAUGAGCAAUGCGGUUUCGAAGAAGGUUUUCCAAAAAUUUGUUGUAAAUCGAUUCCAAAAUACUUGCGGAAACAAAUUAAUUACAAAAAUAAACCAAAACAAAAAUCUACGACUGCUAGUAAAGAUGUGGAUAAAAAUCACAAAUAUAAUGAUGAAACCGUUAAUACGGCAACUUUAGAAUCAAAAACACAACUAUCAAUACUCAAAACAUUUUCUUCCGACGUGGGAAAGAAAAAGAUUCAUGAAGUGAAUAGAGAAUUAUCAGAAUUCUUCGAUGAUGGCGAUAGCUUUGAUUUAUUACUCAGACAACAGAGAUCUUUAGAUGCUGAUAUGUUAAUAGAUGUAGAAAUUAGAUGAAUUUUGUAAAAUUUCCUACAAUAAAAAAUUGAACUAUUUAUUUACAGUAUGACUUUAAAGAUGCUCCACAGUAUGGGAUUCAUUUUCUCAGUAAAGCAACUUUUUCAGUUAAAUAAAGUAAAGGGUACAGUAACAGAUUUAGGCUUGCUGCCGCCCCAGGCCCCG